AUGGAACCUCCUCCGCCACGUCGAACAGGACUGCGAUCCCCGGUUCCUCCUGCCUCUAUAUCCCCGAACCCUUCGUCACGUUCAGAAUCGAAGCAAAGCAAUCGCCCGGGCUCAAGUGGAAGUGACACAUCUGGGUCUUCAAGUCUAUCGGUAGUAAAGAGGUCUCCAUACAAUCAGCAGCUGCCUUCUUUUGUGUCUCACACCAAUAACAGCAACGCCUCACUGUCUCACACGAGACCCUCUACACAAUACCUCCCUCGGGAAGGUGCAAGACAAAACGGUCCGUCAGAUAUAUACAGGCAUCGUGCCCGACAGCACUCUCAGGGCUACUUUGAACCUUCCAUGCCGUCCGCCUCGUUGGCCACACAGUCACCUCUUCAGGAGCAUUCAGCCAUGUCCGGGCUCACUCCUUCCCAGAUCGCGGCCCAGGCUGCAAUGCAACAUCUCAAUGCUACCAGUCACAGUCGCAAAAGAUCUCAGACAGUUCCAUUCCCACAAGAACAGAAUCAACAAGAGAGCCGUCGGAGCAGUAGAGGCUCCACGGGGUCUCAUGAAGGACAGGCGCAGCCUUCAGCGCACGACCAGCAGUAUCGCAAUGGACUCAUCGGUAACAAUGCGGCAGCAACGGCAGCGAGUGUGGUGUUCCCCCGAAACUUUGCCUCGUCCAGCCAAGUGUCCUUGGUGGAAGAGGACAAAUCGAGAAAGGGGUUGAAGCGGUUCAAACCAAAGCACAUGGUGCUCUCUAGAGACAAAGAUAAGGAGUCGAAAGAAAAGCCUCUACCAUCGCCGAACAAGCUGACACCAAGUGGCCUGUCCAAGGUCAUCAACGCGUCAACGACAAGUCUAACCGAUUCAUUGGCCUCGACCAAUUCUUCACUCUACCAGCUGACGAAUCCUUCAUCAAGCACAAUCGUCCCUAUACAAGAACAAAAAGACAAGUCGCACAAGCAUCACGGACUUCGACAAAAGCUGAAACUCAAAGACAAGGACGACACCUAUGCUCUCCCUUUGUCCUCGGCCAAUUCCAAUUCGAGGCCCGUAGACAUCAAUAAUCCUCAGUCACUGUAUUCAUUUGCGCCGUCUUCUCCCGCUCCUUCAUCCAGCUUCUCCAAGUCCGUGUCCGGGCUGGAUCUCCGGCAUGGCGGUCGUGCUCUACGAGAGAAGAAGAAGGAAGAGAAGGCGGCCUUUGCCAAUCUUGAGACCGUUUACAGUCGAGGCGAAAGUGAUACCUCCGAAUGGCCAUCACUUGGCACCAGCUUUACAAAUCAAUCCAUGACCAAUUUCAGCUCGUAUGCCGAAGUCAAAGAAGCUGGGGCUGAUCUUGGGCUGAAGAACAUGUCUGCAGACGACGCCUGGGAUGCCCUGAGAGCAAAAAUCUUGAUCAUCUUUGAGGGCGAGGAUGUGCCAGUGCCGGUAGAGAACCUCAACAAGCUGGUGACCUUCCACAUUCAACGAUGCGUGCAGAGAAGAGAUCCCAGUAUCGUCAUCGGUGACCUGGAAGACCUACUUAAGACUGGUUUUCUCAGCUUGAACCAUACUCUGCGUCAGGCUUCCGACGAAAGGCUCGUUUCGAACCUUGUCAGCAUGUGGAUACAGGUGUUCGGCACCAUUCUACCAUACAUGCAAGCCGUUUUUCUCCCGCUGGAUCAAGAAUUCAAAGGAAGAGGGACUAUACUCACAAGUCCCAAGAUGGCGGCGGAAUUCUGGGGUGCCCUCCCGAGUGCUGAGUCGGGCAGCAAAUUGUCAUCUUCUCCAGCCUCGGGUAGUGGCAUUGAUUUUGUUGUCGCUGCAGGAGAGGAGCUAGAAGUCAGACGCAUCCUUCUUAUCACAUUCAGGGACGUCAUCAUACUGCCACGAUUUGACUUGUUGAAAGCAACCUUCUCCAGGUUGAGCCUCGAAAGCAUCAAUGUCAGUCUGGUUCAAUUUGAUAAUCCUAGUCGGACUCGAGGGAACAGCGGUGCAAGCGACAGACCAGCUACAGCACACAGCAUCGAACCGGCGUAUGGUAGCUACAAUUCCCAGACAAGCACGUUGCUCGGAAGUGCCACGUCAGGUGGGAGAUCUCGUGCGACAUCCAAUCUGUCUGUAACCAGCAAUCCUGCACAAGAUGUUGCAUUUCAAUCCUUCAGCUCGCCGCCAGCGGCGAGACCUUCAGAUACCUCUUCUGCACAGGUCACCGAGACUGUAGGCCGGAUGUUACAAUGUCUGUCAGUACUCUGCUCUAUACAAUCGGGUGAUGACGCUCAGGCCAAGAUGGAGGAGCUGAACAGGCAGCUCAAAUUGAAUUGGCUUGGUCGUGGCAGGACGGGACGGAACAGAAAGGGGUUUGUCGGUAGCAGAGUUAGGCCAAUGGCCAGCGUUGGCUCGACCAUCCGAGGUUUGAAUCGAGAUGGGAGUCCCACGCCAACUCCAACGAGACAAGGGACAGUCAGCAGGCCGGGAGACGACAAUAAUUGA